ACGUACGGUUUCCUUUGGAUGCAGGUCCCGCCCAAGAGCUUGUAGAGAAGCCAUUUUUUGAGACAAUAGCUAGAGCAUUAAGGCCUGGUGGUGUUCUCUGUAACAUGGCAGAGAGCAUGUGGCUCCAUACACAUCUUAUUCAAGAUCUGAUCUCUGAUUGCCAUCAAACAUUCCAGGGGUCUGCCGAAUAUGCUUGGGCGAGUGUUCCUACGUAUCCAAGUGGUGUGAUAGGUUUUCUGUUGUGCUCAACAUCGGGGCCUCCCGUUGAUUUCAAAAACCCCGUCAAUUCUAUUGAGAAGUUAGAAGGAGCUCUCAAACAUAAGAGAGAACUCCAGUUCUAUAACUCCGAGAUGCACUCAGCUGCCUUUGCGUUGCCUGCUUUCUUGAGAAGGGAGGUGAGUGCGCUACGUGAAUCUUCAACUCCGGCAAGACAAAUCGGGGAUAAGUAGUUAUUAGUAGAGACAACGGUUGCUUGAGUAGCAAAUGGAAAGCUAGAAAAUAGGUAACUUGUCGAGUGUGGGUGGGGUGGGUUCGUGAGCUCUUCUUUCAGAGGCAUUGGUGGGAUUUCAAUAAUUGUGGAUGAUAUGGACAUUUGACAUUUAAUGUUAUUGGAAAUUUUACUAUGGCUAUCAAA